GGUAGUAGCCUCCCACGGUGAUGUUCUGUGUCCUCGUUGUGGCUGCCAGUCCGAUGGUGAGAAUGAGAACGGAGACAACGAAAAGGGACGCUGUCACCACGAUGGACUUCCUUUUCCUCCUCUUGAACGAUCCUUGAGGUAGAAAAGCAAUUCAUUUAGGACAUGCUUUUAUCCAGAAUGAAUGAAGACAACAUACGUGGUUAAAUAAAUGAAUAAGAAAGUAAUAGCUGGACCUGAAGCGGUAGCAGCAUCCCAACUGCGAAUCAAACCUGUAGGCUCCAAGCUACAUGGGUCACCGUCCACGAGACUACACUACCGCCCACGAAGGAAAACAAGACCACACCUGACACCAGCACUGCUUCUAAUGAUGGAGUCAAAUUUAACCGCGGACCUGGAUGGAGACCAACUGCGCGCGCACUGUCUAACAAAUUCAGAUGGUGAGACAGAGCGCAAGCAGGAAGUCGCAGAGGAGGGGGAAGAGGGGGGGAAGGAGCAUCAGCCCCUGGGGACGGAGGAUCUGAACUUUGAGAAGUGGAAGCCAAAGCCCAAGCCCAGGAGGACCUGCGGGCAGAUGAUGGCUGAUGUCAAGAGGUUUCUGUGGAACCCCGAGUCGCGGGAGUUCAUGGGACGAACGGGACAAAGCUGGAGUCUCAUCCUCCUUUUCUACACCUCGCUGUAUGUCUUCCUGGCAGCCAUGUCUGCAGCCUUCAUGUGGGCCCUGAUGUGGUCCAUCAGCUCCUACACCCCCACCUACAAUGACCGGGUGGUGCCACCAGGCUUGACGAUGUCGCCACGCGGCAAUGGGUUCCACAUCACCUUCAACGCCUCUGACCGCAGCUCCUGGGUGACAUAUGUGGAAGCCCUGGAGAACUAUCUAGAACCGUACAACGACUCCACCCAGGAGCUGAGGAACAUGGCCUGCACUCGCGAAGCGUACUUUUCACAGCACCACGGUGACGAGGCGGCAGAGAGGAAAGCCUGCCAGUUCAAGCGGUCCUGGCUGGGCGGGUGUUCCGGGCUGCAGGACCCUGACUUUGGCUACUCUCAGGGAAAGCCUUGCAUCAUACUGCAGAUGAACCGGAUUAUUGGCUACUUACCAGGUUAUGGUACUCCAGUCAACGUGACCUGUGCUCUUAAGAAAGCAGAACCGGAGAUGAUUAGAGAAAUUGAGUUCUACCCAAACAACAUUUUUAGCAUGAUGUAUUAUCCUUACUAUGGGAAACUGAGACAUGUGAAUUACACCUCCCCGCUGGUGGCGGUGCGUUUCUCAGGAGUGCGGCUGGACACCGACCUCAGGGUGCGAUGCCAGCUGAACGGUAAGGGCAUCGUCAACGACUCGCCCGCCGACCCCUUCUUGGGCGGCGUGUCCUUCUCCCUGGAGGUGGGCGCGUAGGGGAGCGCGCCGCCGGCCCUACCCGCGGUCACCGUGCCGACCGCCGGAACAACACAGCUGGAGAAAACCAGGGCGCUGGUGAAGCCAUGACAGCUGGCGCUGUUGCCAUGGAAGUGAGCUACUUUUCAUAGCACACCCCCCCUUCUCCUGGCCCUUCCAUCGAUGGGCUGGAACACUUUUCCUGUUUGUACACGACAUAGGCAGACUCAUGUACAUCAAUGAACACGUGACCAAUAGAACUAGGGCAAAUGACUGCAGGACACUUUUCACACUGUCAUGCUUAGUCUGGUAGAACUAUUAAUAAAUUGUCGUUUCACACAUUUAAAAGGAAAUUUCAAUACAGCAGUUAACUGUAUGUUUCCGAAGAUGCCAAUAAGCAUAUCAAUUCAUGUACUGUUUUAUAGAUGACUGUAUAUUGUCAAAACCUUUUUAAAGUGUUUUGUCUUGUCCAGUCAAUCCAAAUGAUGACCCCCAUAAGCAACAGAGUUCAAAAAAAUAAUAAUUAGAAAGCAACCAUGAACAAGAGACAAUGACAAUGUUUUUUAUAUUGCAUAUGUAUACAAUAAAAUUUGAAUUCUCUAUUUA